AUGACAUCUCCAGCACAUGUUCUUAUCACUGGCGCAGCAGGACAGAUCGGAUACGUUCUCUCCAAUUGGAUUGCAAGCGGUGAAUUGUAUGGAAACAGACCAGUUGUUCUCCACCUCUUUGAUAUCCCUGUUGCAGAAAACAGAUUGAAAGCUUUAGUUAUGGAGCUUGAAGAUGGUGCCUUCCAGCACCUUUCGGGUAUUGUUGCUACAACAGAACCAGAGAAAGCAUUCAAAGAUAUUGAUUGCGCUUUCUUAGUUGCAUCAAUGCCACUUAAGCCAGGUCAAGUUCGCUCAGAUCUUAUCAGCUCAAACAGUGUUAUCUUCAAGAACACUGGCGAAUACCUUUCACAAUACGCUAAACCAACAGUCAAGGUUCUUGUUAUCGGUAAUCCAGAUAACACAAACUGCGAAAUAGCAAUGUUGCAUGCAAAGAACUUGAAGCCAGAAAACUUCUCAAGUUUAUCCAUGUUAGAUCACAACAGAGCCUAUUACGAAGUCGCCCACAAGCUUGGUGUUUCAAUUGAAGAUGUCCAUGACAUCAUUGUUUGGGGUAACCAUGGCGAAUCAAUGGUUGCUGAUUUAACAAACGCAACAUUCACAAAGGAUGGCAAAACACAAAAAGUUUCAGAUGUCCUCGAUGAAAAGUAUAUGUAUGAUACUUUCUUCAAGUUCAUCAGCCACAGAGCUUGGGAUAUCCUCGAACACAGAGGUUUCACAAGUGCUGCAAGCCCAACAAGAGCUGCUAUCAUGCACAUGAAGGCUUGGCUUUUCGGAACCAAGGAAAACGAAGUUUUAAGCCUUGGUAUUCCAGUUCCAGAAGGAAACAGCUAUGGCAUCAAACCAGGUGUUGUCUUCUCAUUCCCAUGCAAGGUUGACAAAGAGGGCCACAUUCAUGUUGUUGAUGGUUACAAGAUCAACGACUGGCUCAAGGAGAAACUUGCUUUCACAGAGGAUGAUCUCUUCAAGGAGAAAGAAAUCGCCCUUCGCCAUCUUAAUGAGUGA